AUGGCAAAAUUACUUGAAAAAAAGUCAACGGAACAAUCAUCUGGUGUCAUCGAGCAUAGAGCUAUUAAUCCAAGUGGACGUCUUGGCUCCCUCUAUGAUGGUUUUCGAGAUAUUCUAAUUGGUGAAAUCAACUCAAAAUGUCGACAUCAGUGGCAAAAGUCAUUUGAAUCAAUUAAAUGCGAACUUAUAACAGGUACUGUGGACUCGAAUUUCAAUCUUCUUAAAUGCAUCGGUAUCCAAUCAGAAAUUCGAUUAAGUUUAUUGUUGAACACAAUGAAACGAUCUGGUAUAGCAGAUGUUCUUAAUUACCCUCAUCGUAUAGAUCAUUAUACACGCUUCUUAUAUUAUUCUUGGGCUCUUGGUAAAAGUGAAUAUCUCGAAACUGAGUUAUCCGUCCUGGACAAUAUCGACAUAUGGGAUCCUGAACUUAAUGUUACUCAUAUAAUUACUUCAAUAACUUUCGGAAUCGAUCUUGUUAUCGUUCUACAGUUACCACCAGAAGAUGUUAUUAUCAAGAAGAUUGAUAACUUACUUGAAAAAAUACGGGAUGAGGUUCGGAUAGAUAGACACAGAAUUUUGAGGCUUACCUCUGAUGAUAAUGAUUUACUUGGAAACCUCGCUCGUAUAAAAAUUUAUUCAAAUGCACCUAGUUUGAGAAAUUUAACCUCAGUUGUUGAUAUUUUUCGUGAAAUUGAUGUCAUCAAACAAUGUAGACGGAUUCGUUUUCCAUUAAACUAUACUCUUCGACUGGUCACAAUGUUAGACCCACAAGAAAGCGAAACAAGUUUAAAAUCUUUGUAUCCUUUACACGCAAAAAAAGCUGAAAAAUUUAGACCUUUAUCAUCUUCACUCAACAACAGAAUCGAACAAAAUCCACUAGAACUAAGAAAUUCCAUUACAUAUGCAGAGACAUUCCUGAAUGAAAAUAUACCAAAUUUGUUUGACGAACACCUUGCCGAUCAACUUUACAAAGCUCGUACUGAAUUGUCUAACAUUAAAGAUGAAUAUAAGAGAAAUAUUCAACGAUUGGCUAAAUUAGUAGUUGAUUUUCGCAGUGGCGCAGAAAAAACAUGCGAAAUCGAUCAAAUGCUCCUUGGUAAUUUUCAACAAGUACUAAAAGCCGGUCUUAAUCAAUUAACUCAAACUUUAACACAGUUAGAAAAAAAAGAACAUUUGAUCACAAAUUUACAGCAGCAACAUUUUGAUUAUAUGAAUGAAGCUGAAAAUAAUAUUGACCAAAACGAUGGUUUGAAGACGGUUGAGCACAAAUUGUUAAGAAGUAAUCAACAUAAGUUGUUUCCCUGUUCCAAUGAUACUUUAAACGAAAACAAUUCUUCGAAAUUGGCUGACUUAAGACAAAUAUCUGAAAAACACCAAAGUAAUUCGACGUUAAGCCUUACUUGUGUUGAUUUUUCUAAUUGUUCGUUUCGACCUGAUGAGAUGGUAGCAUUACCAUCAAAUAAUAUUGAUUAUAGUGAAAAUCAUACAAAUCAGAAUGUCUCCUCAUUAGAUAGUAUACCACAGAGUCCUCCAACAGUACCAUUAUCUGCAUCACCGUUAGUGUCAAACGAUGAAACUAUUAAUAUUCUUCUUCUUGGUGAAACUGGUGUUGGUAAAUCAACUUUUAUCAAUGCUUUCGCCAAUUAUCUUAUAUUUCAAUCAUUGGAACAAGCCGAAUCAAAUGAACCGAUUGUAGUUAUUCCUAUAUCAUUUAUAAUGACGACUGGUGAGAACUUUGAAGAACGUACAGUCAAAUUUGGCGAAAUUGAUAGUUAUAAUAAUGAAAAUUUCAACACUGUUGGUCAAUCAGUCACGCAACAUUGUAAAUCUUAUACGUUUGAUCUCAAGCGUAGUGAUAAUAAUAGGAGAAGAAAAUUGCGCAUUAUUGAUACACCUGGUUUUGGUGAUACACGAGGUGUUGAUCAAGAUGAACGAAAUAUGGAAUAUAUUUUACAAUAUAUGAAUAAUCUUACAUAUUUGCAUGCUAUUUGUUUUCUUCUCAAACCAAAUUCAUCAAGAUUGAAUAUCUUUUUUCGUACAUGUUUUAUGCAAUUAUUUUCUUUUCUUGCUCCAACAGCUCAAAGAAAUAUUAUUUUUUGUUUCACUAAUGCUCGAUCAACUUUUUAUACACCUGGCAAUACAGCUCCAUUACUCAAAACAAUGUUGGCAUCAUUAUCGACGAAUAAUAUAAGUUUUAAACAAGAGAAUACAUUCUGUUUUGACAGUGAAUCAUUUCGAUAUUUAGUUGCUUUACGAAAUGAAAUUGAAUUUAUUGAUGAAGAAAAAAAAGAAUAUCAAAUGAGUUGGUCAACGUCAGUCAAAGAAUCAAACCGUUUGAUUGAUUAUAUUGAGAACAAACUUACGGUGUAUUAUAUAGAGAAUGGAUGGCAAUCGAUCAAACAUGCUCAAUUUGAAAUAACUUACACAAUUCGACCAAUACUAGAAACGAUGAGAAAUAUCUUGAGAAAUUUUCUCUUAUGUAAGAAUGAUCAAAUGAAUGAGUACAUUGAGUUAUAUUCGAGACCUCUUCAUUUAACAGCUACUCGUUGUCAUUCUUGUAAAGGAAAACUUAAAGAAAUGGGUAAAUUUUUUAUUUUUUUUACUGAUACGCAUGACAUUCACAAUGGAUGUACUACGUGUUUGUGCCCUGUCGAUAAACAUGUGCCAAUUGAUUAUACUCUUAAUUACAGAUGGUCAAAUACAACUUCCAUUGAUUAUCGAAACAAGACAAGCGAUAUACUAAAUAACUUAUGCCAGAUGAGUGCCCAAUUUGCCUAUUUUCUUAUUCAUACGGCAUGUUCUACAAAACAUGACCCUUUUUUCAAUGGCUUACAACAAAUGAUCUUUGAAGAAACAUAUAUUUGUGAAAUUCAAAAAUCAACUGGUUUAAAUAAAGAAUUGGUUUUGGAGUUGUCGAAACUUAAAAAUCAAUAUGAAGAAUGUAUGCGUAAAAUAGAAUCGAACGAAUCAAAAUUUGAUCUACCGGUUUUAUAUGAGUUGAUGAAGGUCAUCAGUGAAUAUCCUACGGUGCGUGAACAAUUGACAACCAUUAAAAAAAGACAACGGAUAUUGAUUGAACAAUACGAAUAUGGAGUACAUAAGAUUUAA